AUGGCCCCCAAUCCCGAACACCCCACCCCGUACACCCCACCCACCCAUCAACAACUCUCCAAUCAAACACAUGGCUCACCCCGACCACCCAACCCGUACACCCCACCCACCCAUCAACAACACUCCAGUCAAUCACAUCUCCAUCCAGAACACCCACCAUCCAUCACAACACUCCAGUCAAUAAAUGGCCCCCACCCCGAACACCCACCAUCCAUCACAACACUCCAGUCAAUACAUGGCCCCCCACCCCGAACACCCCAUCACCCAUCAACAACGCUCCAGUCAAUACAUGGCCCCCACCCCGAACACCCCAUCACCCAUCAACAACGCUCCAGUCAACACAUGGCCCCCACCCCGAACACCCCACCACCCAUCAACAACAGUCCAGUCAAACACAUGGACCCCACCCCGAACACCCCACCAUCCAUCACAACACUCCAGUCAAACACAUGA